AUGAAAUCAAAUUCAUCGAUAACUUCAAUGAAAGAUUUCGUUUUUUCUUGGAAGUCCUUACCUGAUAAAGCUUCAAUGAUGAAUUGGAAUCUGCAUAAUCUCAACCAUUGCGAUUCGUUAAGUUCUUUCCAUUCAGCCAUCCAAAGCCAACAUCAGAAUCAAAUUGGAGCAUCACCUAAGGACAACAAGAAAAAUUAUUUAAAACUCAAAAUAUUUACAAAAAGGUUAUCGAUGAAUUUAGAAGUCAUUUGUGUAAUUAUAACAACUGGAAAAAUAAGAAUUUCACAUUGCACAUUGGAUAAAUUCGUUCCGGGCCCUGUGAGAAAAGUUAUUCCACAAAACGUAAGGGCAUGUUUUGUGAAAAUGUAUGGAGAUUUUGAUGUUUUUAUCGAAAAUCAGCAUUUUUGA